ACCACUGGCUUAGACGCCAUGAAAGAGACCUUCGAUCUAACCACACCUUUCCCUUUCAUUUCUCCCACCUCUUAAAACUAAACGAGAAUCUGCGAGGGAAACCGACACAAAGAAGCCCAACAAUGGCUGACUUUAGCAAAGCCAUUGCUUUGAUUCUCAUGGUGGUUUUGGUUGCAAACCUUGCUUUAAUGGCCGACGCUGAUGAUGAUAAGGAGAUUCGUGUUAGGACUCACAAGGGUAAGAAGGAGUGUAUACAAGGAUGGGAAUGUAGCUGGUGGUCACGUUAUUGUUGUAACCAAACGAUUUCGGAUGUCUUAGCUGUUUAUCAAUUCGAGAACCUUUUCUCUAAGAGGAAUUCUCCGAUCGCUCAUGCCGUUGGAUUUUGGGAUUACCGGUCUUUCAUUUUGGCUGCCGCCAUGUAUGAGCCUCUGGGUUUCGGGACAACCGGUGGUAAGCUUAUGCAAAUGAAGGAAGUCGCUGCUUUCCUUGCCCAUGUCGGCGCCAAAACUUCUUGUGGAGAUGGAGUCAUAACCGGAGGACCGCUGGCUUGGGGCCUUUGCUUCAACAAAGAAAUGAGCCCUAUGCAGGAUUACUGUGAUGAUUUCUACAAAUAUAUGUAUCCAUGUGCCCCUGGCGCUUCGUACUAUGGCCGUGGUGCCUUGCCAAUUUACUGGAACUACAACUACGGAGCUGCUGGGGACGGUAUAAAAGUUGACUUGUUGCAUCAUCCUGAGUAUCUCGAGCAGAAUGCAACUAUUGCCUUCCAGGCCGCCAUUUGGAGGUGGAUGACCCCAAUCAAGAAAUACCAGCCUUCAGCUCACGACAUUUUUGUCGGCAACUGGAAACCAACCAAGAACGACACUUUGGCCAAGCGGGGUCCUACUUUUGGCACCACUAUGAACGUUCUUUACGGAGAAUACACUUGUGGGCAAGGCGAUAUCAAUCCAAUGAACACCAUCAUCUCCCAUUACCUCUAUUACCUUGACCUGUUGGGUAUCGAGAGAGAGCAGGCAGGGCCGAACGAGGAGCUAAGUUGUGCAGAGCAAGAAGCAUUCAACCCAGCCUCAUCUCCGAAGACCGCAACUUCUUCUUAAGCCUAGGGUUCAGCCAAUUUUAUUUGUUAAACUGUACUUGUCAACGAAGGUUUAUUAAUAAGAGGGGCAAUUAGGCUGUUGUAAAAUUGUUGUGUAUGUCGGUGUGAGAUAGGGCCCGUCCACUUGAUGAUUAUAAAUAGUUAUACGUUGAUGUGCUGCUGCUGUUACGUGGUCUUUGUAAUUUGCUUUCUGUGUGUGUAUUUUGAUAUUAUUUGAUGCUUGUUGUGCUGUCUACGACAUUGAUAUGAAAAAGAACAUAUGCAGUGAACCUCCAUUUUCUUCUA